GUCGACAUCCCUUUCACCAACCACUCACCUACGCCGCACCCUAGCAUCCAUGACGAGUCACGACGAACACCGCGAGGCUCAUGUCAGGAGUCUGCGCCUCGCGCUGGGCUCUAUCCUGUCGCCCAAACGUGUUUCGUCGACACGCUCCUCGGCCACUACUUCAGGAACAGCCAGUCCUCUUCACCCUUCGGUCUUCUCGACUCCUUCACUUUCAACCUCAUCAGAGGCGCCGCCUACCCCGCACGAUCGUCAUAACCAUCGACCAUCACGGGCCCCGAUCUCUCGCGCCCAGACUGAGUCCAAUUUGCCAGUCUUGUCGAAGCCACAAAUGCCGUCUCCUCUGGGUUCAGGCGACUCGUCGCCAGAAUGUCCAAGCUCCUCUCUUCCUGUCUCUUCCUCUAUUCCGGGCGGUGAGAUAGAAAACUCUUCCAGUCGAGCAGAUUUCAUUGGGACCCUGCAGUCAAAGAAGGCGUGGGAUGCUUUGAUACAUGGUUCUUUCGUAUGAGAUAACACCUCUGCGAGGAAUGUUAUAUAUAUUAGACGGUGUUCGUGAGUACUUGUGCUUUAGUUCGUUUUGUAUCAUACCGUUUGUUAUAAUCCAUUAGGUUGGAUUUGGGACUAUCGCUACUGAUGUAUGACCCCUGAAUGCUUACACUACUCGGGACCUGAUGCCCAAGACUGAUCUUGCGCUUUGAAGUUGAUGCUGACGUUUACCAUGAUCUUCCUUGGCUAUUUACAGACUCUUCACUUUCAAAUUCAAUCUGUGUGAGACUGUGCCAGCGCGGUAAACAAAUCCUGUUGUAAAGCAUACGACCAUCAGUGGUCAGUUAAUACCAA